AAUCUUACUUCUUCUGUAUUCCUAGAGGGACACAUUAAGUGUUACACACACGCAGCAACUAUGCGGGUUUGUUCGAAUUUUUAGCUGAUGUCCUGGUACGACUUGCCAAGCGACAAAUCACCACUAUUCUGCGUAUUUUAUCCACGUCUUCGCCAAGACAAAUGAUUCAUGACGACAGUGGGCAAAUAGUAUGACAAAACGUUAACGGAAAGGUUAACUGCGUGGCUCUGUUGUAUUUUGCAUUCUUUAGUACAGUCAUGGACAAGUCCCAAAAGUCUGCUAACUGGAUGCUACACCAUCCAAUGUAUCUCAAGAUGAAGAACCUCGAGGUGGAAGACAGUGAACAAAUCCAUGCUGCAUUCCUUGUUUACAUGGAUCUCACUGAGGUUCGUAAAUGGAAGGAGGUUUCCUGUGUUAAAAGUGAUGAACUCCACCUGGUACUGUUAGAGGGGAAAGAGAAGGAAGGAUCAGCCAUCCAGUCAGUUUUCCCGCUGCCUGUGCAUCGGUCUUUGACCCACAGAAUUAUUCGACACGUUCUGGACAGAGGUUUUCCCAUGCUGCUGUGCGCUGUGGCUUCGGACUCCACGCUGGUCUACCAGAGGUUGACUGAUGGCUUGGUGACCCCUGACCCACCCGUAGGCCCCUUCCAGGAAGCGGGGCGACGACACUCCAGGAAGAGACAACAGCAUCAGUUGGCACCCGAUGGGAGCCACAAAUGAUCUUAUAUCUAUUUGGACUUUGAUUGAUUGAGACUUAUGUUCAGUCCUCAUUUCAGGAACGUCUGAUUGCUGCUUGACAACAUUCAGGUCCCCUGUGUGUAUAUAACUAUUUUCACAGAUGGGUGAUCAUUAGUGGUCUCUAUAUUUUUAGAGAUAUCAUACACCAUGUCGUUUGUAAGAAACUAAUUAGCUUAUCACUGCAAGAAAGUUUCGCAUCCUUGACACCUCCAUCGCUACCUGUUUAAGUUGCCAUUUUUCUUUUGUAUGAUUUUGUUUCAUACAUUUCUGUAGUGGUGGGGGAUGAAGAUUCUUUGCCAUGGUUUUGUAAACUUUGCUCAAAAUA